AUGCCAGUCUCAUCUUCAUUUGGCAUCAAAUGCCCCGGAUAUAGCCACUUUUACAGCGGCAACACCACGGCCGCCUUUCUCGGCUGCUGCACCGUCGACCCAGCGACCAACAGCGACGGCCUCUGCCCCGACGACAGCCUGCGCGCAGCGACGUUCAACCCGACCGCGUACAGCAGCAUACCCAAGCAACAGUGCGCGGCAAAGGACAGAAGCGCGCUCUGGUAUGUCUGCGCGUACACCGAGCCGCCGUUUAUGGGCUGCUGCGCCGUCAGCGCCUGCGAAAAGGGCUGCGCGCAGGCCGACCUGCGGCCCGCGAAGCUGAGCAGCGACAUUGAAGACGCCAAUGUGUUUCUCGGGCCGUCCGUCUCGACCUCUGCCGCGCCUCCGUCGUCGUCGAGCUCAGCUACAGCAACAUCCACAGCGUCGCCGUCGUCCACGCCGGUGCCGUCGAAUGGCGAGCAUCAAGGCAUGCAGCCCGCCGCCGUGGCAGGACUAGCCAUCGGCACGGCCGCUGUCGUCUCGAUGAUUGCGAUUUUGAUCUUCUGGCUCGUGCGGAGAAGACGCGCUGCCGCGGCGGCGAGGCACGACUAUGCGCUGCCGGGAGGUGCACCGGAAGGUCAGUGCCAGACGUCUGCGGCGGCCUCGGCGUGGACGUUUGAUGAUCGCUCGGCUGCGUACUCGAAGCACUUGUCGUAUGCAUCACUGCAUCGGGGCGGCGGUCGGCAGUCUAUACCGCCAGAGUACUCGGCUGCGGCGAAACACAGCCCAGCGCCGACGGAGCUCCCGGGAAGCGCCACGACGGCUGUCUUUGAGCUGCACGAGGACACGUCGCCGCCGAUGAGGAGUUCUGGGUUCGGUCAUCGUUGA